AUGUCCAGGUAUACAGUGCUGGUCACGGGUGCGAAUGGCUUUCUUGGACAACAUAUCGUGCGACUUCUGCAGGAGAAGGCAGACUUCGUCACUCAUCUUAAAGUCUUGGAUAUUCGGAAGUUUUCCAAUCAGCUGAAUUAUAAAGAACGGAAGCCAGUGGAAGCGUUUGUCGGUAACAUCACCGACGUAGCGGUUCUAGAGAGUGCCACAAGGGAUGUAGAUUGUGUGAUACACAUCGCGAGUGUGGUAGAUGUAAGGCUGUUUCCGGACAAGACAAACCUACAUAACAUCAACGUUAUAGGUGCAGAACUACUACUUCAAGUCUGCAUCAGGCAAAACGUACGACAUUUUGUGUACUGUAGUUCACAAAGCGUUGUCAUAGGUUACAAAGAUAUCACGGACUCCGACGAGACGUCUGAAAUACCCAAGGAUUUCCUGUUCGGGCAGUACAGCGUUACCAAACACUUAGCUGAACAAAUCGUGAAGAGUCAAGACGGGGCUUAUCUGCCAGAUGGUGGUAAACUGCGCACUUUGUCUUUGAGACCAGUGACGAUGUACGGGGAGCUUGAUGUCCACUGGGCACCGAAUAUCCUCAGAUGGGCUUCAAUUUUAGGUGGUACCAUAUGUCAGUUCGCAAACGGAACAUCACAGGCAGCAUACGCUGGAAACGUGGCUUGGGGUUUUGUGUGUGCCGUGAAAGCUUUGCGUGAGAAUUCGGAUCUCGGCGGAGAAGUGUUCUUCGUGUGUGACGACACCCCUCUUGGUAACAUGUUUCAGCUAGUUGAUCCUUUCUUGAAAAGCUGUGGUUUAAAGAUGACAAACUUCAUACUUCCCUACUGGUUCAUGGUUUUCUUGGCAGUAGUAUUAAUUUGUAUAGCGUGGAUUAUCUCCCCUAUCUACCAGAUAAACUCUAACUUCACCCCCCGUUCUGUUAGAUAUAUCAACAUGAAAGUAAACUCGGUGUAUAAGAAGGCCUCUGAAAUCCUUGAUUACAAACCUCUAUAUUCUCACGAGGAAAGUGUACGACGGUCAAUAGAGUAUUACAAACAACCAAACACCCGGUUUGGUAGCGCCAGAUAG